CCGAUCUUCAGGGUCGGGAGUCUCCUCCACAUUCCGAGGGCACCAGUUCUCGAUAUUCUACUUGAUAGUCUUAAAUCUCGUGCGUUGUCACUAUUAACGAUCUCAUCAAGUUGGUGCUUCAGAUACUCACUCUCAUCAUGGGCCUCACUCCUGUCCAUUUCUUUUCCCAUGGCUCCACCAUGAUGCUGGGGGAACAGUCCGAGUCGGCCGACUACUGGCGGAAAUGCGGGGAGGAAGCCCUAGCCCGUAACAUCCAGGGGGUGAUUGUAAUGGGUGCUCAUUGGGACUGCCUCGGGGAUCACAUUGAAGUCGCCACCAACCCCAACCCAGGCAAAUCCCCCGUGGCCUACGUCCGCCCCGACAAAUACAUCCAGUACGAGCUGAACCCGGACAUCCCAACGGCCGAACGAUGCAUCGCCAUGCUCGCCGCAGAGGGGUUCACUGUCCGCGGGAACCCGACCUUUGACUGGAUCCACGACGUCUACCUGAUUCUGAUCCACAUGUUCCCGGCCGGCUGCCCGCCAACCACCAUCGUCUCCAUGAACGCCCGCUACGAUCCUCACUACCACGUGAAGGUGGGCGCCACCCUGCGUCCGCUCCGGCGGGAGAACUACCUGCUGAUCGGCACGGGGGGCGCGGUGCAUAACCUCUACCGCAACCGAUGGGCGCCGAUGCUACGGUUCCGGGACAACUUUGCCAUGGAGACGCCGCCCGAGGACUGGGCGCUGGAAUUCCGCCAGGCCGUCGAGGAUGUGAUUACCAAGACCUCCGGGCCGCAGCUGCGACGCGCCAUGACGCGGCUGAUGAAGCAUCCGCAGUUCCGCGAGGCGCAUGCUACCGAUGACCAUUUCAUGGCCGCGAUGUUUGUCGCGGGCGCGAUGGGCGAUUGGGAAGAUGCCGGGACCGCGGCGGAGAUGGGCGCGGAGAGCUGGGAGUUGACGAAUAUGUGCAAUUCCCAGUUUACAUUUGGAUCGUGGGAGAAGGAAAUAGCUGUUUAGGUUAGUUCUCUCAUGUUUAGACCAUAAGUAUCCAAGGGACAACUACUGAGGCAGCUCUGUGAAUUGUCAACUUGGGGAUUAUAUAUAUAUGUAUAGAUAUAUAUGUACUUCGAGAAAUGAAACUACCCCGUAACACAACAGAGCGCAGGAAU